AUGUCAACAGGCCCACAUACCCCACAUACUGACGAAUUAAUGAGUGAUCCUAUAAAUAGCACUCUUUGUUCGAUAACUGCAGCUGAUGAUAUUAUUUUGGAUACUCAAGAGGAAAAUUCUGCUAACGAGGAAGAUCGUAGACAUAAUAAAACAGAUGAAGAUUCUUAUAGACCUAGAAAAAGAAGAGGUUCCAGUAGAUCGUAUUCACCACAUAGACGCUCAAGAUCCCCUAGACGUUCUAGAUCUCCUAGACCAGUCUCAUUAAGACGUUCCCGAUCUCCACGUACACCAUCACCUUAUCCAUCAUCAAAUAGUUAUCGCAAUUUCACUCGUCAUUUUGAUAGUAGGGAAGGAGGACAUCAUACAGCCUCGGUUAUUCGAAAUAGGGAAAGGGAUAGACGUACAGGAAGUGUUAUUGGUGGAACUAAUAAUAGAUUAUCUCCUCCUUACCCCAAUCCACAUUCUCGUGACAGAUAUAAUGGUCGACCUUUUAUUAAACAGGAGAAAUCAUACAGUCAGAGAUUAUCGGCAAAGGAAACAGCAGCAUUGACCGCAUCACAAAGAUCACAAAAAGAAUGUCGUGUUUAUGUUGGUAAUUUAGCUUAUGAAAUUAAAUGGGCUCAAUUAAAAGAUUUUAUGCGUCAAGCUGGUGAAGUUGUUUUUGCUGAUGUUUUAAUGCAAUCAAAUGGAAUGUCAAAAGGUUGUGGUGUUGUAGAAUAUCGUACACCCGAGGAUGCAAGACGAGCUAUUGAAACAUUGAAUGAUACACAACUGUUAGGAAGACCUGUAUUUAUUAGAGAGCUUCCUUAUUCGGUUGGUUGGCAGGAACUUAAGGAUCUUUUUAGAAAUGCUGGAAAUAUUAUUAGAGCAGAUAUUCUUGUAGGACAAGACCGAAGAUCGAAGGGGUCUGGGACAGUAUUAUUUGAGACACCGGAAGAUGCUGCAAAUGCGAUUUCAGCAACAACAACUUCAUCAUUAGCAGCAACGCCAGCAUCAACAACGGCAGGUGGAGGUGGAAAUUCAACUACGGUCGGUGGAGGAAUUGGAGGAUUUAAUCCAAUUGGAGGAGAGACAACAACAUUUGAUACAUAUGGACAAGUAGUAGCAUAUGGAGGAGAUUUUUCAGGUACUACUGGUGCAGGUGGUAUGAUAGAUUAUAGAGUAGGAAGGAGAGGGGGAGGGGAAUUUUCCACGGCAGGUUAUCCAGCAGCAGCAUAUACUGGAACAUUUGGCGGUUCUGCAGGGUUUUAUCCUACUCCUGGGUUAAAUACUUCAACAACAAUUGGUACUCAAAUAUUUGUAAGAAAUUUGCCGUUCAAUACUACAAAUUUAGAUUUGAGAGAGUUGUUUAAACAUUGUGGUAAUGUCGUUAGAGCAGAAAUUUUACCUAAAGGAGCAGGACUUGUACAAUUUGAUUCGAAUGAAUCGGCUCGUUUUGCAGUUGAAAAAUUUAGCGGUUAUAUGUAUGGAGGACGUGGAAUAGAAGUGAACUUUGAUCGAUUUACAUGA